AUGCACAAUUCCCGUCUUGCAAGGGCCACGACUGUUCCUGCGGUUGGCUUGGCUCCCAUACGAGGUCGAGCUGCUCUCCUCUCGAGAUCCUUGUCCGAAACGCAGCUCGAAGAGGUAGCUGAGGAUUCGGCGGUCAGUACUGAUGCAGCUUCUUCAGCUGCAUCUCAAGCACCGCCUACUGGUCUCGAGCUCUCUGCGGGACCCGCAGACGAUGUACCUACGGACUCGGUUCGUACUCCGCACACUGUGGCCGCCUCGCCUCUCACGACACACGAGAGCGAACCGCAAGCGCUUCCACCGUCCGUGGACGCAAUCUUGCAGCUGCAGGAGCAGGCAUCCUCGUAUGUUAACGUUGAGGAUAUCCCGGACUUUGUCUUACCAGAUCUUCGUCCUGCCCUUGGCGAGCACCGUCACGAUCCUCCUCCUGCUCCUUCGGGCCACUUCUCGGAUCUGGGCGGCGAGAUUCUCCUUCAACCACCGGCUUAUAGCCGGAGUGAUCCUCGUCAGCCCCCGUACCAGAAUGACUACCCACAUUCUGCGUACGACCUAGCUAUGUUCUUUGAAUCGUGUGGUCUUCCCUUGCCUACGUCGCAUUCCAACGUGGAGGGCUUUCUCUCCACUGAAACUGGUAGCUCCCUGGCCACUGCGCCGUCUGUGAUACCUGACAUGGGUGACUUGACAGUAGCGGCACUUACGGCUGCUGAUGCGAACAAGAUCGCCUUCUCCCUGGGACAAGGUAGCUCGACGUCACACCCCUCGGGUGGCGGGUGUCGGCUGUUCUAUAACCCGCAGACGCCUCGCUGCGAAAAUGAAGACCCCCGAAUGCCCCUCGCGUCUCGCAUGGUGGAUGUCGUAGGGCAAAUGGCGACGCAGGCGAUUGGCGUGCGCGAACACGACGUCAUCACGCAGAUGCUGGACAUCAUUCGUCCAGCAAUGGCUAGUGGAAGUCGACCUGCUGUCGACCCCCACGAGCAGACGCUGAAAGACAUUCUGCACACGUCACAGAACACCUUCCAGGCAUUGCAAGGCUUGGCUCAAACAACUUCAGCAGGUUUUCAGGACGUCCGGAACGGUAUCCGGAAUACGAACACCGGUAUGCACCAGAUCAAUAACACGUCCAACAACCUCGUAAACGGGGUCGGUCAGUGUUACUUGGAGCUGCGGGGAGUGCGCGACGGAGUCGAGCGGUCCCACGCGGAGAUCAAAGGCGAAGUUCAAGGAGUGGUCAAUGAAGUCCAAGAAAUGCGAAACAUGUUUUCGUACGCUUUGAUGGACUUGGAUAGCCCGUUCGUCAGUUUCUCAGGCCCGUCCAGCAGCGGAUCGUCGGACGCGAUGGAUUUGUGA